AUGGCUCCCAUUAAGGUCGGCAUCGUUGGCUACGGCUCGUCAACAAAAGUCUUCCACUUACCAUUCAUCCUCCCCAACCCCGAUCUAGAAGUCGUCGCCUUUUUGCAACGGGCAGAGGCUCCCAAAGAUAAAUCGAACGUCGAGAAAGGCGUCCAUUGUACCGUCGACCACCCCAAUGCAAGACACCACCGAACAGCCCAAGACUUCUUCGCAGACGAAGAAAUCAACCUCGUCAUCGUCUGCACCCAUCCCGCCACACACGCCGAGUUCGCAGAACAAGCCCUCCUAGCCGGGAAACACGUCGUCGUCGAAAAACCCUUCACCCCAACCUCCACCGAAGCAGACAACCUCAUCGCCCUCUCUAAGAAACAACAAAAGCUCCUCACAGUCUACCAAAACCGACGCUACGACUCCGACUUUCUUACCCUCCGCCACCACAUCUCGCAGGGCGCCUUCGGCAAAAUCACAGAAUUCGCAAACCACUACGACGUCGACGAUCCGCCUUGGAUCCACGGAUCGGGAUCGAGGGAGCCUCUUGGCCCGGGGGAGAGAUUGUUGUACGGUCUGGGAGCGCACUCGAUCGAUCAGACGUUGGUGCUGUUUGGGCGGCCGAGGAGGGUUUUUGCGGUGGUGAGGUCGCUUGUUGUGGAGGGGGAUACGUUUACUAUGAUCUUGCAGUAUGAGGAUAGUGAUUUGGUCUGUACGAUUAAGACUACGCCGGUGAGUCCUGUGCCGCCUGCUUUCGCGUUGAAGUACUGGGUUCGGGGGACGAAGGGGGUGCUUAUUAAGAAUGGGGAAGAUGUGCAGAUUGAGCAUUUGUUGGAGAAGGGGUUGGAGGUCACGGAUGAGGGGUUUGGGGUGGAGCCGGAGAGGUAUCAUGGGUAUCUGACGACGAGGGAGGAAAUCGACGGGAAGUUUGAGACGCCGAGUAGUGAGAGUGCGGUGAAGUUUGAUGGGAGGGUGCCGAGUUUGAGGGGGUGUUAUGCGGAUUUUUAUCGUGAUGUUGUGGCUGCUGUUAGAGGGGAGAGGGAGGUUGUUGUUAAGCCGGAGGAGAGUAGGGAUGUUAUUCGGUGUAUUGAGUUUGCGAGGGAGAGUGCUGAGACGGGGAAGGUUGUUGAGUGGAGUUGA